AUGAGCACCUCUCAACCCCAUACCUACAAUGUCUCCCCCUUCACCACUGCCGUGGUGUCCUCGAUGCGCCGUCUCUAUCCAGAGUCACUAGCAGACAAGACGUUCGACAACACGGGUCUGCUAGUCGAAGCUCCCUUCAUACCCUCCCGGCCUCGGAACCGCAACUCGGUCCUAUUGACCGUCGACCUCACUCGAGCAGUCGCAGACGAGGCGAUAGAGAACAAUCACUCGGUGGUGGUGGCAUACCAUCCUAUAAUAUUUCGGGGACUCAAGUCCAUAACCACGGAUGACACCCAGCAGUUGUCCAUGACACUGCUGCUUGCACAUGGCAUCAGCGUGUAUUGUCCGCACACGGCCGUUGACACCGUUCCUGACGGAAUGGCCGACUGGCUCUGUGAUAUUGUGACGGGCAAAAUAGACGAUCCGGAGCCCGAGGCAUAUGCAGUGGCUUCAGCUCCAUCAGAUACAGAAGUCACGACCUCUGAAAGCGACUCAGACAUACGUUCCAAUCCUUCUACAAAACCCACGUCUCCUUCGGCGCAUCACGACGAGGACGCAAUGACGGACCCAUUCACCACUCCUAGAGCAAAGAUGAAGAUCUCUCGUCCGAGCCAUGCGCGCAGGACCUAUUCUAGGCCCGCCCUGCCACUGCCAACGUCUGACUUCCACGCUGCUGUAAUCCCUCACGCUCGGAGCGUCAUUACCCCGUCUCCUCGCGCGUCCCUUGACGCAGCGAACCAAUUUACUUCGUCCAGUGUCUACAACUCCUCCAACACUGGGGCUGGGCGGUUGAUUGAGUUUUCUUCACCGCAACCCUUGACCCUUCUGAUCACCCGCAUCGCUCACGCAAUCGGCCUUCCCAAAGGCUUUGCGGUGGCCAUCCCUCAGGGGAGAAAUCUCGACGAGAUGGCUAUCUCGAGUGUUGCCACAUGUCCAGGCAGCGGAGGCGGCGUGGUCCGGGGUUGCAAGGCGGAUUUGAUAUUUACAGGUGAGCUGAGUCACCACGAGGCUUUGGCAGUCAUCGAACGAGGUGGCUGUGUCAUUUCCUUGUUCCAUUCAAACUCCGAGAGAGGGUACCUCUGGAACGUGAUGAGGGAAAAGUUGGAGAGGGAAGUUAAGGAGGAGUGGGCCAAGAUGAGAGGUGAGGAGGCUAGCAAGAGAGGUUUGACCGGGCAGAUCAAAGAGAUGCUGGAUGAUGAGAGUGUGGAAGUGGUGGUCAGCGAAAGGGAUAGAGAUCCGUACGGGGUUGUGGUCCUGGAUGAGACGGCGGUGGAGGGAGUAAGGAUUGACGAAGGAAAGAGUUGA